AUUUCUGUCCAAGAAAAUUCCCCCUUAUUUCGGUUUAUAUAAAAAUGGACAAUUUUUCUGUGAAAAAUGUAGUUCGAUCUGGUUCGAAUAGUACUAAAAAUGAAAUCGAGUUUGUUCCUAGUUUUUCUCAUCUCAUUCUCAUUCUCGCAGGCUGACGAGAGGAAAGAAUGGAACAAAGAAUUGAAAAAAUUGCAAGAACAGUGCAGAAAAGAAGUUGGAGUCGAUGACGAGAGCUACCAGAAUAUGAUGAAAACAGGACACGCCAACGAAUCAAAGAGACAGGAAGUGGAGUUUGUUUAUUGUCUAGCACUUAAAGAAGAUUUCUUCGACGAGAAAGGCAAUCUCAAGGCUGCCAACAUCGAAGCACAUUUGAGAAGAAUGGGUAUCGAUGAAGGUACCAUCGAGGAAACCAUGCAAUCAUGCAAAAGCUUGAGGGAACCAGAUGAUAUUGCCCUAUCAGCAACACGUUAUUACGAGUGUUUUGCCGACAGACUUCCAAGAGAUGUUUUGAUUCUUUAAAUCUCAUAAUUACAAAAUUUCAAUAGACACAGAAUAU